GGAGCGGGCGCGCGCGCGUGAGGACGUCCGGGGAGCGCGCGCGCCGCCGCCACUGGCGAGCUCCGCCGGAUUUGCCGGUGGUGUGGUUUGAAGGGGAUGGCCUUGACUGGAGGCCUCGAGGCGGGGUCUCCCUCUGUUCCUGCAGUCGCUGCCGGGGCCACCGUUCACUCAUCGUCAUGAGAGGAGAUAGAGCUCCGAAGCAAAGAAAUCUGGAUCACAGAAAAAGUAUUCAAGGGUCAUGCAAGCCAACUGUAGCCAACUGCACAGCCCUCCAGGAGCUGCAGGCAGUGAGGAUGCCUCAGCUUCCCAAUGUGUUCAUACAAGAUUGAUAGGAGAAGGUUCUUGUCUUCAUUCUGGAGAUGUUCGUAUCCAGAUGAACUCCAUACCUAAAGAAUGUGCUGAAAACCCAGGCUCCCGAAGUGUAAGGUCGAGUGUCCAUAGCUGUACCCAUGGAUGUAUACAUAGUCGAUUACGGAGUCAUUCCCACAAUGAAGCAAGGCAUUCUGAUGAGACUGCUACAGAGUCUGGAGAUCAUGGUAGUAGCUCUUUCUCAGAAUUCCGGUAUCUCUUCAAGUGGUUGCACAAAAGUCUUCCGUAUGUUUUGAUUCUGGGUGUCAAACUUGUUAUGCAGCAUAUAACAGGAAUUUCUCUUGGAAUUGGGCUGCUUACAACUUUUAUGUAUGCAAACAAAAGCAUUGUAAAUCAGGUUUUUCUAAGAGAAAGGUGCUCAAAGAUUCAGUGUGCUUGGCUACUGGUAUUCUUAGCAGGAUCUUCUGUUCUUUUAUAUUACACCUUUCAUUCUCAGUCACUUUAUUACAGCUUAAUUUUUUUAAAUCCUACUUUGGACCAUUCGAGCUUCUGGGAAGUACUUUGGAUUAUUGGAAUUACAGACUUCAUUCUGAAAUUCUUCUUCAUGGGCUUAAAAUGCCUGAUUUUGUUGAUGCCUUCUUUCAUCAUGCCUUUUAAGUCUAAGGGUUACUGGUAUAUGCUCUUAGAAGAAUUAUGUCAGUAUUACCGAACUUUUGUUCCCAUACCAGUUUGGUUUCGUUACCUUGUAAGCUAUGGGGAGUUUGGUAAUGUGACUAGACGGAGUCUUGGAAUCUUGCUGGCUUUACUCUACCUCAUACUAAAACUUUUGGACUUUUUUGGACAUCUGAGAACUUUCCGACAGGUUUUGCGAAUAUUUUUUACACGACCAAGUUAUGGAGUGGCUGCCAGCAAGAGACAGUGUUCCGAUGUGGAUGAUAUUUGUUCAAUAUGUCAAGCUGAAUUUCAAAAACCAGUUCUGCUCAUCUGUCAGCAUAUAUUUUGUGAAGAAUGCAUCACCUUAUGGUUUAACCGAGAGAAGACGUGUCCACUGUGCAGAACUGUGAUCUCAGACCAUAUAAACAAAUGGAAAGAUGGAGCCACUUCAUCCCACCUUCAGAUGUACUAAGUCACAUAAACUAUGAAGGCCACAAAACACCGAUUUCAUUCGGUUACACUGAGUGUUGAUAAAGACAUGAGAAGGGGUUUUCAGGACUAGACAUUAAGGAAAAUGUUUCCAAGUGGUUUUAGACUAUUAUAUUAAUAAGACUUAAGUGUGUAGUCUAAUUUAUCAAAAGAUUAAAUGAAAGACCCUUAUGUUUUAAAAAAUAUGUAAGUAAUAUUCAACCUAAUGAACAUGGAACAUCUAUUCUGUCCGAAUUAUUUGACGGGUGGUUGCAGUGUUAAAUUGUGAACGUUUUCUCAUUGUUACAAAAAUGGCAAUUGGGUAACUAAAA